CUGGGCUUGUGGGCAGAGGGCUCUGGGCGUGGGAAGGCUAGAGCCCGUACUCCGCAAGCAGAGGGUUGGGAGAAUCAGCCGAGGCCGAGGGACCUGCCCCAGCCUCCGGACAAGAUGGAUCGGCAUGGAGGCCGGAGGGGGCACAACCGGGGAGGCUGGAAGCAAAGCUGGGGGUCUGCAGGAGGAUAGCCCCGUAUUGAGCUGAGAUGGCUCAAGCCUAACAUUCCAUGAUCCAGGAUCGUGACAGAUGUGCACAGGGUGCUGCUGUUGCUGCUGUGGGUGAUUUGGAACCACGAGGCAGCCCAAGGCCAGGAGACAAGGCAUUUUCUCUGCCUGGAUGUGUGGGAACUCCCUGCCAACUUGAUUGGUGGAUCUGGGGGGGAUCCACCCCCACCCCACCAGCAAAGCACAAUUGAUUUUGUGGGGUGGGGCUUCACGUGCCAGCCAGCUGAAGGAUGGCCACCCCUGUGGUCACCAAGACAGCCUGGAAGUUGCAAGAGAUCGUCGCCCAUGCCAGCAAUGUGUCCUCACUGGUGCUGGGCAAGGCCUCCGGGCGACUGCUGGCUACCGGCGGGGAUGACUGCCGCGUCAACCUGUGGUCCAUCAACAAGCCCAACUGCAUCAUGAGCCUGACGGGCCACACGUCCCCAGUGGAGAGCGUCCGCCUCAACACCCCGGAGGAGCUCAUCGUGGCCGGCUCCCAGUCGGGCUCCAUCCGCGUCUGGGACCUGGAAGCUGCCAAAAUUCUUCGCACACUCAUGGGACACAAAGCCAACAUCUGCAGCCUGGAUUUCCACCCAUACGGCGAAUUUGUAGCCUCCGGUUCCCAGGACACGAACAUCAAGCUUUGGGACAUCAGGAGGAAAGGCUGUGUCUUCCGAUACAGGGGUCACAGCCAGGCCGUGCGGUGUCUCCGGUUCAGCCCCGAUGGGAAGUGGUUGGCGUCGGCCGCAGAUGACCACACUGUGAAGCUCUGGGAUCUAACUGCUGGCAAGAUGAUGUCCGAGUUCCCGGGUCACACGGGGCCUGUCAACGUGGUCGAGUUUCACCCCAAUGAGUACCUCCUGGCCUCCGGCAGCUCUGACAGGUGAGGAGGAGGUGCGGGCAAGUCGCUCGUGUCUGCAGCUCUUCGCCACCGUGUCCUCUGCAUGUCUCUGCUCCCGCUCUGUCACUGUCUGGGGUGUCAUACACUUGAUGAUCCUUUGGAUUUCAGCCAAGCCAGGAUGGAACCCUGCUCCAUCUCCCCUGCUCGUUCCCUGGCCCCAGUGUCCCAGGUCUGUGGCUUCAUGGGCAGGUUUGCACCCAAGGCACCUAGUGGGGCCCUAUAGGGCAGGAGGCUUACAGCUGUUGUGGCCAGCCCAGGGGCCAGGGCCAUCGGACUCAGCCUCCCCCUUGCAAAGUCAGGGCCAACCCUGCCCCAGCCAUUGUUCCUGGUGGCCGUGCCCUGGGGCGAGCUUUCUAGAGAAGCUGGUUCCUAGGGGCCUGUGGAGGCCAGGACUCGGGGAGAGGCUUCACAGCACAGCCUGGCUGCCUUUGCAGGACCAUCCGCUUCUGGGACCUGGAGAAGUUCCAGGUGGUGAGCUGCAUCGAAGGGGAGCCUGGACCUGUCAGGUACGCAGGCACGCGUGGGUAGCGCAGCGCUCCUCUGGGCAGCAGGGCGUGGCUGCGGGUGGGCCUUUCCCUUCUCUGCUCUGUGCCCUCCCUGCCCCAGGCUCCCUGGGUUCCUUGGGGUGGGGACCAGGCUGGGUGCCGCAGGACCCAGAGCCAUCUCUCGCCUGGCCCAGGAGCGUCCUCUUCAACCCGGACGGCUGCUGCCUGUACAGCGGCUGCCAGGACUCGCUGCGCGUCUACGGCUGGGAGCCUGAGCGCUGCUUUGAUGUCAUCCUCGUCAACUGGGGCAAGGUGGCUGACCUGGCCAUCUGCAAUGACCAGCUGGUGAGAGAGCCAUGGCGCCCACCACCCCCUACUCCCACGGGGCCACCCGCCUUCCUCCACCCCAGACCCCUUUUCCUACCCCACCCUGGGGCUGGGAUUUUGCCCUCUCAGCUUACAGGCCCGGCCCCAACUUUCCACUUUCUGCAGAUCGGCGUGGCCUUCUCCCAGAGCAACGUCUCCUCCUAUGUGGUGGAUCUGACUCGUGUCACCAGGACUGGCACGGUGGCCCGGGACCCUGUGCAGGACCACCGGCCCCUCGCGCAGCCGCCGCCCAACCCCAGCGCCCCGCUCCGGCGCAUCUACGAGCGGCCCAGCACAACCUGCAGCAGGCCCCAGAGGGUGAAGCAGAACUCAGAGAGCGAGCGCCGCAGCCCCAGCAGCGAGGAUGACCGGGACGAGCGUGAGUCUCGAGCCGAGAUCCAGAAUGCCGAGGACUACAACGAGAUCUUCCAGCCCAAGAACAGCAUCAGUCGGACACCACCCCGGAGAAUUGAGCCCUUCCCUGCACCCCCAGAGGAUGACGUGGCCACAGCAAAGGAGGCAGCAAAGCCCAGCCCUGCCAUGGAUGUGCAGUUCCCGGUGCCAAACCUGGAGGUCCUGCCCCGGCCCCUGGUCGUCGCUUCCACACCUGCACCUGCACCCAAGGCUGAGCCUGCCAUCAUCCCCGCCACCCGCAAUGAGCCCAUCGGCCUGAAGGCCUCUGACUUCCUGCCCGCUGUGAAGAUAUCCCAGCAGGCCGAGCUGGUGGACGACGAUGCCAUGUCACAGAUCCGCAAAGGCCAUGACACCAUGUGUGUGGUGCUCACCAGCCGCCACAAGAACCUGGACACUGUGCGGGCUGUGUGGACCACGAGCGACAUCAAGACGUCGGUGGACUCUGCUGUGGCCAUCAACGACCUGUCAGUGGUAGUGGACCUCCUGAACAUCGUCAACCAGAAAGCCUCCCUAUGGAAGCUGGACCUGUGCACCACGGUCCUGCCACAGAUCGAGAAGCUUCUGCAGAGCAAGUAUGAGAGCUACGUCCAGACGGGCUGCACCUCCCUGAAGCUGAUCCUGCAGCGGUUUCUGCCCCUCAUCACGGACAUGCUGGCGGCCCCGCCCUCCGUGGGUGUGGAUAUCAGCAGGGAGGAGAGGCUGCACAAGUGCCGGCUCUGCCACAAGCAGCUCAAGAGCAUCAGCGGCCUGGUCAAGAGCAAGUCGGGCCUGAGCGGCCGCCACGGCAGCACCUUCCGCGAGCUGCACCUGCUCAUGGCCAGUCUAGACUGAGGAGCGGUGGGCGGGGCGCCCGGCAGCCCACAGGGCCUGGCCUCAGCCCCCACUCCUGUUCCUUCUGCGCCCACCGGCCCGUGAGCCCCUGCUGCUGCCCUGUGGCCAUCCUGGAGGUGGUGACGCUGGUGCCUGGCCACCUGUACAGCCCCAAACUCUGAGACAACUCUCUCCAGCAGCAGCUGCCCAGCUUGGCCCAACUGUUGCUUCUUGGGGCAGCGAACUGAGCUCUGGGGCUGCUGCUGUAAUUUAUAAGGCAAAUUUUAUUAAAUUUGUAGCUAUU